GAAGAAAAGAAAACGGCUUUCUUUGUAUAAACAUAACAUAUUCUUUACAACUGCUACCCAUUAACAAGUUAGGCAAACCCUUCACCACAAACUGCUCUCUGGCAAUUUUGUCGCCCAACAAAUCAUUUCAAUAUAUACAUAUUUUGCCAACUUUAAGGGUCUGAAAAAUCUGGGUUUGUUUGUCUUGAAAUAUCUUUAUAUUAUUUUACACCCACCUAGGGGGAAAUAUCCAAUUGUUUUGAUUUGGAGUUUGAUCUGUAAAAUCAAGAAGGUUAUAUAAGCGCAGAAAUAGACUUAAAGAGAAAGAUGUGGGGUAUUUCUAAAUGUUGUGACAAAAUUUACACGGUUGCAGAAGGGGGAUCUGGUUAUUGUUCCAAGAAGAAGGAUGAUUUGUGUAAUGAGGAAACUGGACAAGCCUUGAGCAUGUCGAGACUAAAAUGUAUUUUGCGUGGCUUGGAUCUUAAAACAUAUAUCUUUCUCUUUGUGUUGAUACCAACUUGUGUCUGGGGUAUAUACGUACAUGGGCAGAAAAUCACUUACUUUCUACGGCCUUUAUGGGAAAAACCACCAAAGCCAUUUAAUGAAAUGCCUCACUAUUAUCAUGAGAAUGUGUCAAUGGAGAAUCUCUGUAAACUUCAUGGCUGGGGAAUUCGUGAGUACCCGAGGCGUGUAUUUGAUGCAGUGUUGUUCAAUAAUGAGGUUGACAUGCUUACUAUACGGUGGAAGGAGUUGUACCCUUAUAUUACAGAAUUUGUUUUACUUGAAUCGAAUUCAACGUUCACUGGGUUGCCAAAGCCUUCUUACUUUGCUAAUCACAGAGAUCAGUUUGAAUUCGUUGAGUCAAGAUUGACGUAUGGACAAAUUCCUGGGAGAUUUAGAAGAGGAGAGAACCCUUUUGUUGAGGAGGCUUAUCAAAGGCUUGCAUUGGAUUAUCUUCUAAAACAAGCAGGUAUUCAGGAUGAUGACUUGUUGAUAAUGUCAGAUGUCGAUGAGAUACCUAGUAGACAUACAAUCAAUCUCUUGAGGUGGUGUGAUGACAUACCUUCAGUUCUUCAUCUUCGGUUGAAGAAUUAUCUUUACUCCUUUGAGUUCCUUGUGGAUAAUGAUAGCUGGAGAGCUUCUGUCCAUCGCUACCAAUCGGGUAAGACAAGAUAUGCUCAUUACCGACAGUCAGACGUCAUAUUGGCAGACUCAGGGUGGCAUUGUAGCUUUUGCUUCCGCCAUGUAAGUGAAUUUAUUUUUAAAAUGAAAGCCUACAGCCAUUUUGACAGGGUCAGAUUUUCGUAUUUUCUCAACCCUAAGAGAGUACAAAAGGUUAUCUGCAAUGGGGAUGAUUUAUUUGAUAUGCUACCAGAGGAGUAUACAUUCAGGGAAAUCAUUGGCAAAAUGGGACCUAUUCCCCACUCUUAUUCAGCUGUUCACCUACCGGCUUAUCUUUUGGAAAAUGCAGAAAAGUAUAAGUUUAUGUUGCCGGGUAAUUGCUUGAGAGAAAGUGGGUGAUCGAUCUAGCAGCGUUUAUUAUAUUUACUUUUUGUGAAUGUCAAGGGUGCAGUUCUGCAAAUGACGAUCCUGUGAAACGAAAUGUUGGGAUGAAUACUCAGAUUUGGGAAGUCAAAGAUUUUUGUAUAUAGCUUCUGAGAGAUCAAGCAUGUCUAUUGGACAAAUGGGGAGAUUUCUGUUGCAGAACUGCUAUUAGUUUGAAACAUGUGCAUAACUCUGUAUCCUGUAGUAUAUCAAUUCCUGAUUAUGGAAAAUUUUUGAUCAGUACUAAUUUAUUCACAUUUCUUCUGUUCCUUA